CAUAUAAAAGGGGGUUCACAUAUUCUUCAUUUUUGGUGUUGGAUUCGAGAAUAUGAGUAGUAUGGGAGGGAGAGAUCUUGAGAGCGGUGGAACCAAGAACACUUCUAGAGCUCCACCACAAGCAGCAGCAGUUUCUUCUUCUUCUUCUUCAUAUGCUUAUGAUCCAGAAACUCAUUGGACAUCAUGGCUUGUGCCCAUGUUUGUGGUUGCAAAUAUUGCUGUUUUCAUCGUUGCCAUGUACAUCAACGACUGCCCCAAGAACAACAUAGGACUCCAGGGUAAUUGUGUCGCCAGGUUCCUUGGCAGGUUCUCUUUUCAGCCUCUUAGGGAGAAUCCACUGCUUGGCCCUUCUUCUUCAACGUUGAGAAAGAUGGGAGGUCUUGAGUGGGAUAAUGUUGUGAAUAAGCAUCAGGCAUGGAGACUUGUCACUUGCAUUUGGUUACAUGCUGGAAUUAUUCAUUUGCUAGCAAACAUGUUGAGUCUGGUCUUCAUUGGUAUUCGGCUUGAGCAGCAAUUUGGAUUUGUGAGAAUAGGAAUCAUAUAUCUAGUGUCUGGAUUUGGGGGGAGUGUGCUGUCUACUCUGUUCAUUAGAAACAACAUCUCUGUUGGUGCAUCUGGUGCUCUCUUUGGACUUCUUGGAGCAAUGCUUUCGGAACUUUUCACAAACUGGACCAUCUAUUCAAAUAAAGCAAUGGCUCUGAUCACACUUUUGGUCAUCAUUGUCAUCAACCUUGCCCUUGGCAUUUUGCCCCACGUUGAUAAUUUCGCUCACAUCGGAGGAUUCCUUACCGGAUUCCUUCUCGGUUUCAUUUUGCUGCCCCGUCCUCAGUUUGGUUGGUUAGAGCAGCGUCAUCUUCCGGCCGGUGUUCGCCUCAAGUCCAAGUACAAGGCUUACCAGUAUGUUCUAUGGAUACUCUCCCUUCUUCUCUUGAUUGCCGGGUUAUCAAUUGCAUUGGUGAUGCUAUUUCGGGGUGAAAAUGGAUAUGAUCACUGCCAUUGGUGCCACUACCUUACAUGCGUUCCAACUUCUAAAUGGAAAUGCAAUGACACUUAAACACACUAGUUAAUGCUACCAAUUUUCUUUUCUCAUGUGUAUAGUCAUAGCCCAUAGCUCUUAGAUAAUGCCUUCUCUUCUCUUAAUUAUUUGUUUUUCGACGUCUAAAAUUUGUUGUAUUUGUGUGGAUUUGUCUCUGCCUUUUUUUUUUCAAUACAUAUAUGUAGUAUACAUAAAGAUAAAUUUAUUUUUAUUAGAAUCCAUUUUUCAUCUCA